AUGUUGGCUUUCUGGGAAUUGGCUUACCUUGCACAGAAUUCGGCGGCGCGUAGAAAGGCAAUAUACACCGAUGUCAACCGCAAGCCAGCCAACAUCUUUGAGCAAAUUUUGAGCCAGUCUCUAUCUGUCCUUGGUGAAGUUGACUUAAAACUCGCGGAAGUCAGGAACCCCCCGGCGCCUACCGCGUUAAUAUUGGCAACACCUAGUAGUACCGCAGCAUCGGCCAUUCCAUCUCCCCCUCCGAUUCCUAUCAGUCAAAUCAAUCCCUUGUUAAUUUCCCCGGUCUCUUCAACACAUAAAUUUCUGGAGGGUGUCCAAUCAAAAGAUGGAUCAACCCCCACCCUCCAACAUGUAAUUGAGAAGCUUCCCUGUCAGCCGCCAUCAAUCGCAGAAGUAGAAGCCAGCGCCACUAAAAGCUUUAAAUCGAAAAUGGAGCCGUUUCUCUCAUCUCCUUGGGGCAGCAUGUUUAGACAAAGUAUACACGCUACAACCUCACAACUUAUUCCAAAUGUGGGAUUGCAGGUUAAUGCUGUACAAGCAAUUUCCCGCCUGGUAACCUCGUCCCUUGCAGAAGAUGAAUAUGGCAUUGUUCAAAGUCAUGCCCCCACCCUCCUCGCUUCCUUCAUUUCAAUGAUGGAUACGCUCGACAAGUAUAUUGCUUCUCCGCCAAUCAGUUGGACAGACGUGGAAUCUAUACAAAAACAAGAGAAGGGCGAACUACAUCUAGCGGAACCGCAUUUGCUACUUUCCACCCUUAAAGAAGGCUUUAAGGAUAUUGCGACAGCAUACGCGCCGUAUAUUGAUGACAUGGGACUUGCAUCCGAUACUAGGAAAAUCAUUUUAGAAACUCGAGAAAGAGGUUUACCAUAAUGGGAUGUGAACAAGGUGUGAUUUGAGGGAGUAAUGAUACACAUAAUUGCUCUUUGUUUUUUGUUUCUUUUUGUUUCUCUAAUUUUACUGCAAAAUUGGACGCAUGCAAGGGAGUUAAGACCUUUUUAUCUAUAUGGCAAGGUACUUGAUCGAAGUCCGUAGCUGUACUUGUGCAGGUUGCUGCCGUACAGGAAAUUAUGUGAUUUUACCUUUUCUGAGUUUGAUCAUCACACUCCCAUAAUAACGAUAUCCAGUAUAUUUUGUUUUUAAAAGCAAA